UGUUUAUGACGUCACAAUCUAAACAUUGCUCAGCUGUGGCGAAGGUGUAUGCAGUGUAGUGUGAGUGGUCAACAUUGGAUUCGACAAAAUUUCUUCGGAAAGUAUCGUGUGCGCCCAAAAAUUUCAUCACGGCGACCUGUUAGCAAGCCUGGCCUCGAGCGGAGAGUCGGACGACGGUGGACUUGCUCCGCCACCGCGAAAAAAAUCACGAACUUUGGACGCUACAAUGCAGCAAGCAGCAAAUGGCUGUACGCAACGCAAUGGAGUGUCCGAAGACCAUUCCGCAUCUUCAAGUCAACAGAAUGGCACCGAACAUAUGUCCGAGAUCAAUGCAAUUAAUGGAGGACCAAAUGGGGAAAUUUCACCUAAGAUAAUAGACAAGACCAACCAAGACAUUGUGCGACUGAUUGGUCAACACCUAAAAACAAUAGGGCUUAAUCGAACUGCUGACCUGCUGAUGCAGGAGUCUGGUUGUCGGUUAGACCAUCCUGCGGCUGCUAAGUUCAGACAGCAUGUCAUGGAUGGCGACUGGAGCAAGGCUGACAAUGACUUGACAGAAUUGAAGUCACUUCUGGAGAGUUCUUCUCAAAGUCUUGUUGAAAUGAAAUUUUUGUUACUUGAACAAAAAUACUUGGAAUACUUAGAAGAUGGUCGUGUAUUGGAUGCACUACAUGUGCUGCGUAAUGAACUAACACCACUUCAGCACAACACAGUCAGGGUGCAUGAACUCAGCAGUUAUAUGAUGUGCAGCGGACGUGAGGAGCUCCAGGUUCGAGCCAGCUGGGAAGGUAAAGGCUUAAAAUCUCGAACUCAACUCAUGGACAAGCUCCAGGAAUUUCUACCUCCCUCCAUAAUGCUUCCUCCUCGCAGACUGCAUACAUUAUUAUGCCAAGCAGUGGAGCAUCAGAAACACCAGUGCCCAUACCAUAAUACAAAAACUGAGGAUGGUCUUGAAAAUAUCUCCUUACUCGUAGAUCAUCACUGCACCAGAGAACAGUUCCCAUGUGAAACAAUACAAAUCCUUAAUGAUCACUGUGAUGAAGUAUGGUUUUGCCGAUUCUCCCCAGAUGGCCUGAAACUAGCUACAGGCUCAAAGGAUACUACAGUUGUAGUAUGGGAUGUUGACCCAGAUACGCUAACUUGCACGCAUCGUAAAACUUUGGAAGGUCACUCAUAUGGUGUUGCUUACAUUGCAUGGAGUCCUGAUAGCACUCACCUCAUUGCCUGUGGUCCAGAAGACUGUCCGGAACUCUGGAUAUGGAAUAUUGAAUCAGACGAACUGCGUGUCAAAGUAUCUCAUUCACCAGAAGACUCACUGACCUCCUGUUCAUGGCAUCGGGAUGGCAAGAAAUUUGUUACAGGAGGGAUACGAGGACAGUUCUACCAAUGUGAUCUGGAGGGAAACGUCUUGGACUCAUGGGAAGGUGUUAGAGUAAACUGCUUAUGGUGCCGCAGUGAUGGCAAGACUGUUCUUGCUGCCGAUACCCAUCAUCGAGUUCGUGCAUACAACUUCGAUGAGUUGUCAGACUUCAACAUAUUGCAAGAGGACCAUCCAGUAAUGGCUUUCUCAGUAAACCGUACAGACCGCUUGGCAUUGCUCAAUGUGGCUACUCAAGGUGUUCACUUAUGGGACCUUCAAGAUAGGUGCCUGGUGCGAAAGUUCCAAGGAGUUACUCAGGGCCACUUCACAAUUCAUAGCUGUUUUGGUGGAAUUAACCAGGACUUCAUAGCAAGUGGAAGUGAAGACAACAAAGUAUAUGUGUGGCAUAUCAAGCGUGAGCUUCCGAUUGCCACUCUGACUGGCCACACCCGAACAGUCAACUGCGUUGCCUGGAAUCCUGUACAUCACCAGAUGCUGGCCUCCGUUUCUGAUGAUUGUACAAUCAGAAUAUGGGGUCCUGCUAACAAACACCAAAAUUCAAGAUCUAAAUCUGGUUACAUGGGAGAGUCACCUUCAUCUUCCUCAUCUUCGUCCAAUGGGAGUGUGUGGCAUGACAUGGGCUCAUAGUAGAUGCAGUUCUUCAGUACUCCCAUUUCUGCUCCUCCCUAUUCCCAUCUCUUACUCUGGCUCACCGUGGCUUACACAGAUGUCUUGUCAGCAUAUUAACUGCCACUACAACAUAAUACCAAACACUUCUGUGAAUGGGAGUUUUGUCACCAGUUUGUAGUGGAAAAGUAUGUUAUAUAUAUAAUAUACAUGGAUUACCCAAUUGUAACUGAACAUGUAAUGGAAGAACUAAAUCCAAAGUAGUUAAUAUUAAUGAAAUUAGAGAAAAGUUGAAAAAAUGUGGUUGGAAAGCAUACCCUCUGUACCUUAAUUUCAGUAAUGUCUUGCCUUAAAAAGUAUGUUUGGUUUAAUAACUUGUAUUUUAUGAAUUUUAUUGUGAAUGGUGCUGAGAUUGGUUGUGCAUUUGCACUUCUAAAGUCAGGUUUCUAAAGGAAGUACUGUACCAAGUUGCUGAUAAUGAAACAACAAUGACAAAUCAUAUCACCACCAGAGUUUAAGGUUGAUGUAAUCUGCCAAUCCCAUUGCAUGCCAAGUACCACAAUAAUUGUAUGUUGAGUGGCUCUUAACUUCUGCUGUUGCAAACUUGUGGUAGAAGAUUUAUAUUUGAAGGUUUGAGCUUUAGUUGUGAAAGUCCUGUGUGUUGCAUUGUGCCACUGUGUUUCACAGAAGUUGGUCUUCUGAAGCUGCUGUAAUAUAAAACUUUUAUCAUAAUGGCUGUUUCAGAGGAAUCUCUUGAGAAAUUGUGUUAUAACCCAUGAAGUCAGAUUUGUGUAAUAUUUAAUUAACAAGUAAUACUUCUCAUUUAUUAUUCAUUUGGAAUGAACACCAAGCAAGUAGGAAUUUAAGUCUAAUAUUGUCAAAAGAACUAGAUAUUCUUGUGUGCAAAACUCAAUUUGAUGGGAGUGUAGAUAGUAUAUAUACUGUAUAAGUAUGGUACAGAUCAGUAUCUUUGUAAUGUAUAUAUUUUUUAUUAUUAUUAUUAUUAUUAUUACUUGAGGAGUUUCCUUCUGUGAUGGCAUGAGAGGUCUUGGAGCACCAGCAGUUUGGGUGGUGUAAGUCAGUGCUGACAAUUCUAAUAUUCUGCCUAGAUGUCAAUCCAUGGACAAAUUGGAUUCUAUUUGUCACAUAAAAUACCACAUGUCCCCUUCUAACAUGGUGAGAUGUGGGCAUAAAGCCACACAUUUGUUAAUUUGUUAUAGUGACUAAUGACUUACACCAUCAGUGAAUAAAGAGAAUUUUAUGAAAAGAGAAGUUAACAGCUGUAAUUAACAUGUCUAUACAAUUGCAUUUGUAUGGUACACAGGAAGUAGAAAAUUUAAAAGUAGUAACUAUCCUCUAUUUGUUCAUGGUCAUCUGUUUUUGUGCAAUUUCAGCUAAUAAUUUUCCAUGCAAAAUUUGUUGUAUGUAUGAACAGCAUUGCAUUGAUAAGACAUAUCUGAAGAACUAAGGAUUAACUGAUGUCUGUGAGUCUUUUUCGUAAAUUCCCAAUAGUUCAAAUUGAUGAUUUAUACACAUUGUUCAUUACAUUUCAGCAAUACUAAAUAUAUAAUUUUUUCUGAUAAGCUGUGUAAUAUAAAAACAUUGUAUCAUCCCUUUUUGAUAAAAAUGUGGAAUAGUUGAAGCACAUAAAUAGAAUGGGGAAACACAGAAGAUUUCUCCAUGUACUGAUGGCAUUCGCUCCUGAUACUAGAUAUAAGCAAUGAAAUAUGCUUUUGUUUCUUUGCCACAUCUGCAUGGAGUUCCUUGGUCUCUGUAGGCUUUUAAGUUAUUUUCUUCAAGUUUCAAAUCAGAUUUAAUUGAUUUGCCACAAGUUCAAAAUUGUGUCUCAGAAAAAAGAAAUUAAAUUUACAGAGUCAAGAAAUUAUAAUCUUCAGAAAGAAAAGUUGUAAGGAUUGCAUUUAGAAUCAUUUACUUGGAGGAAAGUCUUUGGAAAAUAGAAGAAAUAAUGUUAGAAAUGGAAUUACUGUACCUGUUUUAAUCUUGAUAUAUAUUCCUUUAUCAGUGGAAGGGGAGAAUUAAAACAGUUACAACUUGAGAAAUAAAUUUCUUGCCAUAAUGCAGGUGCAAAGUGAUUAGGUUUGAAGAAGAUGACAUAAUAUCAAAAUUCUGUAUCCAGUGAGUACUUGCAUCAAUGACAAAAUCUUUAUGAGUACCAUUUGGCAAGAAAAAUUUGUCGAACAUUUUAAGUACACUGAGCUAAAAUUUUGUAGUAAUUGCUGGGAAUGUUAUCUGAAUCAAUACCAGAAAUAUGAUAUUUCAGAUUUUCUCAUAUGUUUAUAGCAAUUUUGGAGAAUACUGCUGGAAUUGUAAGUUGAGACACUUAAAUAAUUACAUGGCAUACUAUUAUUUCUGUAAAAUAUGAAGAUAAAGCCAGAUGCUAAAAUGAAAAAGAAAAAUUGGGAGCUCUCUGCAGUUCUAUCAAUUAUUAAGGAAGUAGUGGCAGAAUGUUACAUUAAAUUGAAAAGAAAAUGAUUACAACUAUUGGAAAAGAAGGGUAGUAACUUAACAUUUUAUUUCUAUAAUCCUAUCUGAAUUUCUUAAUUAUAACAAGUACAUGUCAUGUUUUCACAGAUUUUACAUGUGUGUUGGUUGCUGUUCUUACAUAAUUUUGUAAAGUAAUAGGAGAAGUGUCUUAAAAUAGCUCACAUAUGUCAACUUCAUUCUCAGAAAUUAUUUCAGUGACUUGUAUGAUAAAGUUCUUGUUACAGCCAAAGUAUGUUCCAUAAUAAAAAGAGCAAAUAGAGUGGAGAAUUUCAGCAGCUGAAUUAUGCCACUCACUUUGAUACCUAAACUCUAGGUGACUGAGUUAGAUAAGUGUGGACAUAUUGUGAAAUGCAAAAUUCCAACUGUUAAUAGGUACACUGCUAAAUGAUCAAGGGUGGAAAACAUUUUUAAAAAUAUAGGUGCCUCUAUGAACAAUAUAUAAUUCUUAAGUAGUAUAAUGUUGAGGAAUUCAGGAUUUAAAGUGCUUGCAUAGUUUGCAGACUAUAGGGACAAGUAUCUUCAACCAUGAAUGUCAGGUUUUGAGAUGUUCUUGGAUCAUAAAAUUCACCAGAAAUGUAACA